CAGUGUGAGUCGGGAAGCGUCGCUCACACGGCGGAAAGACUAAGGAAAGACCGCUAUUUGUAGAACAUCUUUCAAAAAUAAUUUAGGCUUAUUCCAGAGCCGUUUAAACACAGCGAGGAAUCGGCUUAGAGGAGCAGUUUGGAUGACCAUAGCGUUGUAGCACCAGUCCAUCCUCCGGAGAUGUGUUUGUGAGAGGUAGAAGCGGACAGCGCUGCACACGAAGCCGAGAUGAGCGUGAGCUCCGCGGCUUCCGGCGCGGUGCCCUGUCGCUUCGCCAACUACUUUGCCGUUUGUGGGAUAGACACAGAAACUGGACUGGAGCCAGACGAGUUAUCAGCUUUGUACCAAUGGCUUGAAGCAGACCGCCAAGGCAGGGAUCAAUAUACAGCAGCCACAGGUGAAAACUCAGAGCAGAGUCCCCUGAAGAGGAAAUUCAAGUCCAAAGUUCUGGCCCACUACCCUAAGAAUAUUGAGUGGAACCCAUUCGACCAGGAUGCUGUCAAUAUGCUGUGUAUGCCUAAAGGACUGUCGUUCCUGACGCAGGCAGAUCCACGUGAUCCUCAGUUUCACUCCUUCAUCAUCACCAGGGAAGAUGGUUCUCGAACUUAUGGCUUCGUCCACACCUUCUAUGAGGAGGUUACAAGCCCGCAGAUCUGCUCUGCCAUGCAGACCCUCCACGAGAUGCACAAUGCAGAGCAUGUCUCCACCAACCACCAUUCCUCCUCCUCUUCCUCCUCCUCCAGCAUUGACUCUCUGACCAGCAGUUUAGACGAGGCUGACUCCCCCCCCUUCUCAUCCAUCUUACCCUCAUCUCGGGCAGCAGGUGGCUAUGACUCGUCACGGGACACCCUCUAUGUGUCCAAAGCUUUGUGUCUGGUCACUACCAUGCCAUUCAUGUAUGCAUGCCGCAACUUCCUGUCACAGCUGCACAGGGCUGUUACAGCAGCCACUGCCCCCCCACUACCCCUUGAGAGCUACAUUCACAAUAUCCUAUAUGAGGUGCCACUGCCUGCCCCAGGCCGAACGCUCAAGUUCCACGGUGUUUAUGAGCCCAUCGUGUGCCAGAGGCCUGGGCUUGAGGAGCUGCCACUUGCUGACUUUCCCCUUUCAGAGGCUUUCAGCCUGCUGGGAGUCGAAAAUCUGGUCCAGGUGUUCACCUGCAACCUGCUGGAGAUGCAGAUCCUCCUCUGCUCACGGGACUACCAGCGGUUGAUGACAGUAGCAGAGGGCAUCACUACCUUGCUGUUUCCUUUUCAGUGGCAGCAUGUCUAUGUUCCUAUCCUGCCAGCCUCCCUCCUCCACUUCCUGGAUGCUCCUGUUCCCUACUUAAUGGGCCUGCAGUCAAAAGAAUGCACAGACCGCUCCACACUGGAACUUCCUCAGGAGGCCAACUUGUGUUUUGUGGACAUUGACAACCACUACAUAGAGCUUCCAGAGGAUUUACCCCAGUUCCCCAACAAGACUGAGUUAAUCCAGGAGCUCAGUGAGGUUCUGCUGAGCUUUGGAAUUUCUGCCAACAUAGGUGCCACGCCAAAAAGAACCCGUACCUGCUCCCCCAGAAAGCCCUCCACAUUCAACAGGGAGUGCAAGACUGUCACCCUUCAACAACUGGAGGACGAUGGGCGUAAUGGUAACCUGGCAGGGGAGGAGCUCACUAUGCUGGAGCUGCUUCAGGGAAAUGCCACCUUGGAGAGACUGCAUGCACUAACCGAACGCACCGGGGUGACAGUGGCCCGCGUGGAUGCUCUUAGGGCAAGCGUUAAAGCUCAGGGGAUUGACAGGCAAAGGGCUGCUGAGGAGGACGAACUAAGGAAUGCCAAGCUGAAUGUUCAGCUGAGGGAAGUGUUUGCCAGCCGCUUCACCACCAUGUUUGCUGACUAUGAAGGAUUUGUCAUACAGAGUGCGCCGGACCUGGAGUCCUGGCUCACCAACAGGGAGCAGAUGCACAAUUUCGAUAAGGCCUCAUUCCUCUCAGAUCAGCCCGAGCCUUACCUCCCCUUCCUCUCCCACUUCAUUGAGACGCAGAUGUUCGCCACCUUCAUUGAUAACAAGAUCAUGUCCCAGUGGGAGGAGAAAGAGCCACUGCUUCGUGUCUUUGAUGCGCGCAUCAACAAGGCUCGACUCUACAAUGUGCGUGCUCCCAGCCUACGAUCCUCCAACUACCAGAGAUGCUCCAUCCUUAGGGAGUCUGCUCAGGCCAUUGAGCAGCGGCUCAUGAAGAUUGACCACAUAGCCAUCCACCCCCACCUGCUGGACAUGAAGUUUGGUCAGGGCAAAUAUGAGCAGGGAUUCUUCCCCAAACUUCAAGCUGAUGUGCUGAACACUGGGCUGAUCAAUAGCAAGUGGUUUCAUAGGACAGCGUCAGCACAGAGAAGGAAAGACCACAAUACACAUCAAACGGAGCAUCUGAACGCUGAUAACGACCUGAAAGAGUGCAUUCGUUUCCCUCCUCAGAUGGUUGAGGGCUGUCUGGUCCAGCAAAACUCCAUUGCAUUUUGGGAGUGGGACACUUCGCCCCCUCUCUCUAUCAAACCGCCAAAAAAAUCUGUCUCUGCAUCCUGCCUGAAGUACAUGCAGGAGGCCCGCAGCCUGGGGAAGAAUCUUCGUUUAGCCAAACUUGCUGAUCUGUCUCCUGCUGUCAUUGCCCAGACCAACUGGAAGUUUGUGGAAGGUCUGCUCAAGGAGUGUCGUAUGAAGACCAAGCGAAUGCUGGUGGAGAAGAUGGGCCGGGAAGCUGUGGAGCUGGGUCAUGGUGAGGCCAACAUCACUGGCCUGGAGGAGAACACUCUGAUUGCCAGCCUCUGUGACCUGCUGGAGAGGAUCUGGAGUCACGGGCUGCAGGUCAAACAAGGGAAAUCUGCCCUUUGGUCCCUCCUGCUGCACUACCAGGCCAGAGAGGAGAAGCUGGAGGAGCAGCACACAGAGUCAUCAUUGUCACGUGUUCCUGAGAGGAAGAAGCCUGACUGUUCCAUAUCAAUGCCAUCACUCUGUGUGUCUCUGUUACAGGACAUGAGUCAUAUCCAGAGUAUGUCAGAGAUUAAGACCGAUGUAGGCAGAGCCAGAGCCUGGGUACGUCUGUCCCUGGAAAAGAAGCUGCUCUCUCAGCACCUCAAACAGCUGCUGUCCCGACAAGCCUUAACCAAGAAGCUGUACAAGCGUUAUGCCUUCCUGCGCUGUGAGGAGGAGAAGGAGCAAUUCCUCUUUUACCUGCUGUCUUUGAAUGCCGUUGACUACUUCUGCUUCACCAGCGUCUUCACCACCAUCAUGAUCCCAUAUCGAGUCGUCAUUAUCCCCAUCAAGAAGCUGAGCAAUGCCAUCACCACCUCCAACCCCUGGGUGUGUGUGUCAGGAGAGCUGGGGGACUCGGGUAUCAUGCAGAUCCCCAAGAACUCCCUGGAUAUGACAUUUGAUACUCAGAACCUGGGAAAGCUGACGACAGCUCAGUUGGGUCAUGAUAACGCUGGUCUACUAGCUAAAUGGCUGGUGGACUGUGUCAUGGUGCGCAAUGAGAUCACAGGACACACAUACAGGUUCCCAUGUGGACGAUGGCUUGGUAAGGGUGUGGAUGAUGGCAGCCUGGAGAGGGUUCUGAUUGGUGAGCUGGUGGUGCCAAGUAGAGACGAGGAUGGUGGGAGAGGCUGCCGUACGCCUCCACUGCAGCAGUCUUCAUCCCAGACCACAAGCAUGACAUCGAUGUCUGGACGAGAAUACAAACCAACUUCUGCCCAAAUCCAAGAGGGCAUUGGUGACGCAGUGAGCAACAUUGUCAAACACUUUCAAAAGCCAGAGAAAGAGAGGGGCAGCCUGACAGUAUUGUUAUGUGGGGAGAACAGCUUGGUGGCUACUCUGGAACAGUUUUUUCAUCACGGCUUCAAGUCUGCCCGGCUCUUCCAGAGGACUGUGUUUGUGUGGGACUUUGUUGAAAAGGCUGUUGCCUUCCUGCAGUCAGCUGACCAGAUGGUUGACAUGGGGUUGAUCUGUCAGUCAUUCUGUCACUACAUCAUGGCGAUCAAUUCUACACCCAGGAACAUUGGGAAGGAUGGCAAGUUCCAGUUGCUGGUGUGCCUCGGAGCCAGAGACCGUCUGCUGCCCCAGUGGCUGCCCCUGCUGGUGGGAUGUCCUGUGAUCCUGCAGAUGUAUGAAGACACCGCCCUCCUUAGAGACCACACUACUGUCAGUGCCCUCAUCGGAAUCCUGCAGACUCUUCACAACUUCCCUAUCAAACUGGAAUCCUCACUGAUCAAGGGCAUUGACCUUUAACCCCAGAGGAGGACCAUUGGGUAGCCACACAUUUUUCUCCAAUGCUUUCCUCACUACUACCACCAAUUACAACUCAGUGCUCUACUUUAGCCAACGGGCUCUGCAAUUAGGCACAUUUCCAGGAAAGUAGGAAAUGAUGAAUAGGGACAUUACAUUUUCAGUGGUGUUUAGUUCGUUGGAUUAACCACAAACUUGGAUGUGGUAUGAUAAAUCCAACAGUGGUCCCCAAAGACUAUUCAUUAGCUACACAUAUCAAAUACUGCACAUGACAGUGUUUAGUAAUGUUUAAAAUACCAUCCCAUACUGACUUUCUACCUUGCAGGUAGCUUUUGGUUUCGGGUCAGAUCAGCAUGAAAUGCAAAAACCACCAUCUCUCACACUCGUGAGAGAUGGUGUCUUUGACUCUCAUCUCCAACUCAGCUUCAAGCCCACUGUUUCCUCCCACUUCACAAAUAUAUAGUUUAAUUCAAUCAUAGAUAUUUUUUGUAGAAAAGCAGUUUUAUCAAUUUUAUCAAACAAACAAGAAGAAAUUACAUUUUUUAAUGAAUUUGACAUAAGUGUGAAGCACACCCAUUCAUUUUCACUUACUUUGUGUUCCAAGUACUGUGCAGUCUGCUGGAAGAGAAAAGUGUCUUUACAAACAACAUGUGUGGGACCAAACCGUGUAGCCUCACAUAGGACAAUAUACUGUUACUAUAGCUGCAAUUACUCAUUGCACCGGCUUGUUCUGAGCUUAAUCGAGCUCAAACAACUGAUUGUCAUUAAUAAUGGUCUGUAUUAAUAUAGUGUUUUCCUAGAUGAGCACUCAAAGUGCUUUACAGUACAGUUUAUUGCCCAUUAUCAAAAACAUUCAUACAGUGCAUCUUUUAAGUAUGAGGUGCGAUUAGGGGCUCAUUACCUUGUCCAAGGAUACUUGGCAAAGCAGAUGGGGAAUAUCGGAAUCAAACGGCAGACCUUGGAGGACAACCACUCUUACCCCAUAAUAACACAAUAACUGACAUAUAAUAAUAACAUUGAGCUAGUCAAAACAUACAAAAAAGCAGCUUAAUGUUUUUUGUCGUUUCCCUUUUACCUGGAGUUAGACCCACGCACAGGAGAUAUGUAGGUCUUAUCAUCUUAGUCUCUGAAAGAAAGGAAACGUUCCCCAAAACCCAUUAGUUUGUUAAAGGUGCAUAAGCCAACAGCUGGUGCUGGAGAUUUUUAAGGAUCAAGGAUUCCUAAAACUGCAGGGCACUUCCCUUAAACAGGUAGAAAUAAAGAAUUUGCCAGGGUCUAUUUUCAGUCCAUUGGUGAUUUUGGCUGUGAUAUGGUAUUUUUUGAUAGAAAUGAGUGGCAAUAUUUUCUAUAUAACAUUAGUAUUUUCGUUUUACAAGAAACCAAUACAAACUGUUAAUUGAUUGUGCCUCAUGUUAAAGGAACGAUCAAAAUAUUAAUUUGUAUUCCUUAACUAAACAAUUCAACCCCUACUCUUCCAAACACACAAACUGCAUAUAAAAUGAAAUACGUUUUGGUUCUCUUUAGACAAUUCUUUGCUCUUUCAUAAAGUUUUGAUGAAUUAGUGAAUAUGCCACAGCAUUGUAUAAAUUAAGGUGUUAAUAUUGUCAUUAUUACAUGUUAACAUUUUGAUGGAGGUAUAUUUAUUGUGACUAUGACUUCUAGAUCGAAGAGUAUGAAAUAAAGUGGGGUCUACAACCCCAAUUCAUUGUAGUAUUGUUGCCUAUUCCAGUAUUGAGACUGAGGGACAUGGUCCGUCAUGUUUUGCUUCAUGUCUUUAUUUCAUGUAUUUAUUAUUUUUAAUUUGAAUCCGUUGUGAUCGUUUAAAGUUUGAUAAAGCUUUUAGAGGAAAAACUUUCUAUCAAGCAGUAAUGGUCUGCAAAUGGUAUGUAUUUUUAUAUAUGCAUUUUUUUCAGUGUUGAUGACCACUUAAAGAGCUUUACUACAGGAAAUUUUAUUGCCAUUCGCCCUUUCACACAAACAUUCAUGCACAGCAGGACUUUUUCUCUGGGGGACAAUUCAGGGUUCAGUAUCUUCCCCCAACCCUAGCUGCUCCGACUGAUCCAAAGCAGUAUUACAGAUCCUCAAUCUCCUCAUACUGGAUUUGUUUGUGUGCAAAUUGUUUUGCUGAGGACAUGCACUCGGGACUAUUGGGAUAUUCCCCAGACUACAACACAAUGUGCUUAUGGGUCUAUUUGUGAUGUAAACUUAUAUAUUGUGAUGAGUAGUAUUAAGCCUGAGCGGAUAGGCUGUAAGGAAAUGCUACUGACUGCUAUGAUGGUGGUGGUUGUGCAACCUCCUCAUAGUAAAAACAUUACCAGACAAAGAGUUCCAUGUGUGCUUUUGACUACUGUUGUGGCAUUUAUUUUGCCAGUUUAAAUAAAAGCAUGGUAUCAUG